GAAACGAAGUCCUCCGAAUCAGGAUCGCAUCAACUUGUGAACACGUGCAGGGGUUUCUGAUUUUCCUCGGAGAAUAUAUGAUGGAGAAGAUCAAAGUGACUUUGAAAGUCAAGCGUUGUCAUUGCUUUCACAUUAUCAUUAUGCAAGUUAGUAGUCCAAGUUUCUUAUUCUUUUUGUUUUCCUUUUCUCGUCUAAAUGGUUAUGAACUUUGUCGACGUGUUUUCAUGAAAUUGUAGACCAGAUGAAAACCUAUCCCUUCUCCAGGACAGGAGUGUCAUCUACUUCUAUAUUCUGAUAUUAUGGUGUCGGAUACUAGCGUUGUGGUAUCGCAAUCAAAAUUGUACCCCCGGCGACCUCCACCGCAUGUUGUUGUUUCCUCUCAGAAGAUGUUUUUUUGUAGUUAUGUAGGGCCGUUUCAAACAGAAAAACAGAAAAAAUGAUGGAACUUCAUAGAAAUUGAUGAAGCAAGUGCAAGAAGGUUGCAGGGGUACAAUUUUUCUUGUGAUAUAGUCCAGGAGCAGUGCCGCAAGUUGUGAAGAUGGUUGAUGGAAGCUCCUGCUCCAAUCUCUCUGCGCCCGCAGCGUCCGCUUCUACUGCUGCUUCGAGCGGGAGCAAUUUUGUGCUCUCCCAAAACGAUGAAGAGCUGCAGCUCGAUUUCAUGUGCGCCCCGGAUGUGUCAACGAGAGACGUCCACUGCAACAUUCGCAAGGACUCGCUGAAAGUUGUGAUCGGCAAAGAACCUAUGUCUUCAACGGUCGUUAGCGUACAGAAGUGUGAAUUUGCAGUGAGUUUGUAUUGCAUGACUUGCAUUUACUUAAAAGAAAAGAGCGCUACGUAUGGACACGAGCCCAAGCAUACCACAUAGCCUGAAGGGCUGCUCGUCGCGUGGUGGCGCUUGCAGCACCAAAAGAGGUGGUCUUGCGGGGGCUCGCCGGGCUGUGUAGUGCGUAUCUAGCGACCAGAGAAGGUGGGUCGGGGGGCUCUUAGUCUUCUGCGCGUCUGCCUCAGAAGUUCCUCUCCGAAAUGGUCGAAAGGGAGGGCGACGCCUGAACACAGGGGCACUAGUUCAACAUGUAUGCUCUCACGAGUUGUGGUUGGCUCGGCUUGGACUUGGAUAUCUGGGAGCAGCCUCGGGUGGAAGGGGAGGCACGAUUCGGCCGCGGGCGCUAGCUUGCUUCGCCUGCUGUGCUCUGCUCACAACUCCCCACGUGUCUUUUUGCCCCCGGAGCAAGUCUUAUUCGACGUGAUCCCCAGGUCAAGAAUUCCCUUGGUGAAUUUUGGGACUUUUUGUUUUGGCGACACUUUGUUGAAGCCCCAAAACCCGGAGUUUCUCACGCGCUAGCGAAUUUUGAAAAGGAGCCGGAGGACAAAAUUCACCGGCGUCCUUUUCAAAAUUCACCCCAAAACUCACCGAGCGCCACUUUUCGACCGUGAUAAGCAAAGUUUAGCGCAGAAAAGUGCUCAAGGAACUCCGCAAAUAGACCCUGGGAAGCGGGGCCGAGGGGAAAAGACGAGCGCCCUCUGCUGCCCUCAGCCCGUCUAUAUUCUGCCGAAAAGGCCGGAGAGUUCACGCGCCUGCCGGAUAGACGCGCCAAAGCUCUCGGCCUGGUCCUUUCGCCCUUGCCUUCGCGCCUUCUUGCCUAAUUGCAUUUGCUUCGCAGCGCUUUCUUUUUGGCGUCUCUGCCCCGGCUGCUGCAGUGCUCUUAUGCGAGCACAGGGAGACGAAUAGACAUGGCCAAAGAACGAGAGACGUCCACUGCAACAUUCGCAAGGACUCGCUGAAAGUUGUGAUCGGCAAAUAUGGGAGUGUCAGGAUCGAAAUCGUCAAAGUUGAAAUAAUUUGUAAUGCAUAAAAUGCAUGACCCGAGGCACGUGUGUUGCAGAGCAGGCAAGUGAGGCCGAUUCUAAGCCUGUUGGGGGCUACAGCUAGAGCUGCCAAAGUAGCAUGAGAAAAUCGCUCUUCUUUGCCUAAGCAGCAUGACAAACUGGAUUUAGGGACCACCUAGAUUUGUCAUGCUCCACUUGGAAACUGGGUUCCAACUCGCAUCCAUUUUAUGCAUGACAAAUUAUUUCAACUUUGUCGAUUUCAACUCUGACACAUCCAUAGCAAAGAGCUCCUGUUUGAGGACGAGCUGAUCGGAAAGAUUGACGUGGACGAAAGCGCCUGGCAGCUUGAAAAGCUGAAGAAGGUCGACAAAAAACAGCUGAGCGUGACGCUGGUGAAGACAACCGCCGGGAAGAAGUGGAAAUGUGUGGGAAAGCGGGAAGCCGCGGCCCUCCGGAGCUCCCUGCAGUAUGGAUGUGUCAGGAUUGACAUCCUCAAAGUUGAAAUGGUUUGUCAUGCAUAAAAUGGAUGCCAGUUGGAACCCAGUUCCCAAAUGGCGCAUGACAAAUUUUAGUGGUCCCUAAAUCCAGUUUGUCAUGCUGUUUAGCCAAAGAAGACCGAUUUUCUCCUGCUACUUUAGCAGCUCGAGCCCUAACCCCAAACAGGCUUACAAUCGGCCUCACUUGCCUGCUCUGCAACACACGCACCUCGGGUCAUGCAUUUUAUGCAUUGCAAAUCGUCUCACCUUUGACGAUUUCGAUCCUGAAACAGCCAUAUGCAGCAAGAGCUAUCUAGUGCCCCGCACGGCGUCGAAGCCUCUUCAGGAGGGCCGCCCUCCACCGGCAAGAAUGCUGGAACUUUUCAGCUGAAGUCUGUGAUCAGCGGCGAGUUCAACCCCGACGAUGACGCGGAAAAUGCCGCGAAGAACGAGAACGAUGAGGUGAUUCUCGAGCGGGAAUUUUUGGACCUUCGAAAGGCGAAAGGACUCAACGCCCCGGAAACACUGGACAAGUUCUUUGAGCUGUUUGACAACUCAAUUCAGCUGUACCGCCUCAAUAUGCUUGCAAAGUACCUGGAGGAGAUCGUGCCGGUCUGUCGCGCCCACCCGCAGUCCAAGUACAAAUUGAAGGGGAUCCAGGCCUACGCUUUCGUGCUGUGGAAGAAAAACCAAUUUCGAGAAGCACUACCGCUCUUCUUGGAGAUGGAAGACAUGCUGGGUCCGAACGGCGCCCUCUGCGAAAACAUUGCGCACACCUAUAACAGGUACUACAAUUUAAAAUGAUAAGAUAUACAAGCGACGGACAGACACAGGAGAAGUAGAUUUUCAUUUUGCAGGGUAGAUAUUGCUGUCGCUAUAAUUUUGCUCAUACUUGCUCUUGCAAGUAGUGGAUUGACACGCGAUGUGUCAAAAACUACAACAUUCCCCUUGCAAGGUCGACAUCGUCACCAUGGCGUCGCCAUCGUCUUUCGAUGUUGUCGCGACUUUGUAAACUUCCUCGGUCCUCUCGUCUACCAUGAUUAAUUUCAACUUUUACGAAAGAUAAAGUUAAGCAAUUGACACGUUCUAAGGUCCACCGAUAUGAUUUGAAUUCGCUCACGAACAUGCAUACUGCAGCGCAUGCAUGCUCCUGAUCAAGAACAAAGCUAAACUUCUCGCUUUUCAGCCUCGGGAACUACGAAAAAGCCGAAGAAUACUUUUCCGCGGCCCUGAAAUUUUGUCAAAAUGACGAGUCUGCAACCAGUCAAAAGGGUGGCGUUUUGCUGGGGCUUGGCCUUGUACGAGAUCGUCAGCAGAAGACCGAACAGGCCGAAACAAUUGUUCGACAAGCCUAUGAGUUUUACCGUCGCCGUUCCGGCGGACAGCUAAACAGCCUGCAGGUUUCCAUUUUAAUAUUUCGGGGACAUGCCGCAGCCACUAGUAGCACUACAUGUACUCUGCGAAAGUGGAACACUCCUUGUCCUCUGUUGGAUGAUUAUUUUCUGUUUUUGUUGAAGUAAAGUUGAAGUGAGCCCAGCGAUGCUAAGUAGUCUUCGUCUAACCACGGAUGCUGGAGGAUCCUGCUGCAUUGUCGCGAAAUGUAUGAACUUUUGGAGUCUCAUUUUCGUGCCAUUUCUGUUUCACUUCAGGCAAAAGCGGGCGUCGCACUCGCAAAGAUACUAGCGCAGCUCGGCCGAGACCGAGAAGCAGAAGCCGAGCAACUGUUGAAGGAGGCGUCUCAUUGCUACGAAGUGACUUGCGGCGCAUUUAGUCCUUUGACGUGCUCGGGGUACCAGGAGCUUGGACGUCUCCAAUGGCUAUGACUCGCUUGGGUGUUACCAUUUCAACUCACUGUAGUUACCAGGCAAACGGAACUUUUUCACGUUGGUGAAACAACGACCAGGUGGCGUUGGACCAACGACCAGAGACAGCAGGACACGCGGAGUACUAGGAUGCAGUGCAGCUGGUGGGUGUAGUUCCGCGAAUUCUUCACACCUUGUCUUCAUGUGCUGCCUGCUCUGUCUGAGGACCGCAGAGAGCUGCAGGCAUUUGGCUGUUUUAUGUGUUACAUAGAAAAAAUAAGUCGAAAUCCUGCCCAGCAACAGAUUGUUCUUGAUAUAUGAAUGCAUUAGCACCAGAUCUGGUUGAGAUUGAUUGCAACACCUGAGCGAUUCAUAGUGGCGCAUGUCUGCUUCGACCUCUUCUUUUCCGGACACGGAGGGCGAGGAUGGGAUUUCAGUUGAGGAUGUGACCACUGCUGCACCUACUGGUGCAAGUACGACCUCCUCGUCGUCCACGACCGCGACGCCGACUUCUUCUACCAAGGCCGCCAGAACGUCCUCCACUACCUCGACGAAGAGGUUGGAAGCGCGGAAACAUCUCAAAAAAGCCUACCAAAUCGCAGUGCGGAAGGACUGUGUAGACAUACUGCAGCUGAUGGAGUGCCAUAAUUUUCUGAUGGAAACGAUAACGCACCACGUUGACACAAUAAAUCGGGUGGAGUUUCGCGAGUUCACGCCUGUUGUGACAGAGGGAGUAGUAUCCUCUGUGAGUUGUACUGAUGAAAUCUUCCCCAACGGUACUCUCAAGGUACUAUUAAAACCUCGUAACGAGGAGGGUGCGUUUUAUUCGUAGUGUGGUCGUGUGGGUGUCGAGGAUUGGCAUCAACAGUUAGGGCUUUGCACCAUUUUCGCUAUGCAUGCGGAUCCUGAUCGUGCUUGAUCGUUCCGCGACUGGGUGAAGAUGAUUUCAAACAGCAUACUCCGAGCGCCUGAAAAAGGACCCCGCCGUGAAGCAGGAUGGGAACGCCGGGGUCUUCUACAAACUCGCGGGCGAAUACGAAAGCGGCAGGUUGGAAGUCGACGAACUCAAAAUGAAAAUAAUUUUCGAUGCAUACGUAUACAUAUUCAAUAAAAUCAAAAUGCAGCGAGGCCCGAAGUGCCUGUCUUGUAGAGAAGGCAAACGCGGUCGCUUCAUUGUGGACCUGUUCAGGGUUACUAGCCAUAGCAUCGCGAACAAGCGCACCGGAGGUGCCCCAAACAGUAUGACUGUGGGAAUCCGGGCGCUCCCAGCAUUUGCAAUGCGUGACCUCCAAGUGAAGAAGAAGUUAGGGACCCAGCUCCAACUGCUGCCAGUUUUACGCGUAGAAAAUUGUUGGAGGUCGUGGUGGCUUCCUUUACGGUAGGUAAUCCAAGGAUACUAAUGGUGGUGGCUUCGGUCCGCUUGACUCUGCGUCCCAUUGGCUUGGCCAUCUGCGGAAAUGUGCCCCACGAGUUGUGUUUGUUGUGUCGGUCGGUUUGUAGUUGGCACGGAAAUUGAAAUUGAUAUCACCAUAUUUAUAUCAACCUCGACGACUUCAAGCCUGACGUUUCCAUAGAGAAUUUUUGUGUUGGUGCGGCGAGGCUGACUCGUACACGCAAGGGAAAAAACUACUUGGGGAAGCCCUGGAACUUUUUCGCACCGAGAAAAGCUGUGACUGCAAAAAGCUGAUGCGAGAGUGCAAAGACAUGAUUGAGUACGCGGAGAGGGUUCUCAGUGGCGUAUCCAGGAAAAAACAACCAUCCCCAUCCAUCUUAUGCAUGACAGACACAGGAUUUUAUACAUGUUUUGCAUGACAAAUUGGAUGGGGAUGGUGGUUUUUUUGUGGAUACGGCGAGCAGCAAAACGUGACCGAGAUUCCCGUCAAUGAAGCGUAUGGAAGCGUCAGGAUUGAAAUCGUCAAAGUUGAAAAAAUUUGCGAUGCAUAAAAUGCAACCCACAAAGCGCCUGUCUUGCAGAGUAGGCAAGGGAGGCAUAUUGCAAGCCUGUUGAGGGGUAGAGAUACAGCUGCUGAAGUAGCAUGACAAAAGGCGUCUUCCUUACCCAAACAGCAUUACAGACUGAAUUUAGGCACCGCCAAAACUUGUCAUGCGCCACUUGAAAACUGGGCUCCAACUGGCAUCCAUUUUAUGCGGUGAGGUGCCCUUACAGGUUGUGUAGUGGUUUCGGUCGGUUUAGCAUGACAAACUAUUUCAACUCUGACGAUUUCAAACCUGACACAUCCAUAAAGCGGACCAGAAGCGUAUUCGUGCGGAGCUGGACGCGGAGCAGCGGCAGCGGCAGCGCGAUUCCGAGCAAAGCUCUGGACCGGCAAGCUCUUCUGCCACCGUGGCGACGUAAAGUCGCUCCGCCGGCUGCACUCAUGACCUGAACAAGAAACAGCUAGUGAGUAACAGGCUGGAAUCUUCUAAAGUAGCUAUAGCUUUAGCUACUCUAUGAGGAGAAGCCGCCGGCGCUUGAUCAUCUUGAGACUCGUGAUUUGUUUUAAAUGCGAAUGGGGCUACUGAUGAAGAAGAAGAUGUCGCCGACAUUUUUCUCUGUAAUGAUGGAGACCGUUCGUUGACGUUGUCUAAAAACUAAGUUGCGCCAGGGCCAGAGAUCUGUCGUCGUGAUGUUGGAAUUUAUUGUUGGUCAGCGCGGAAUCUGUUUUGAAAAAUGUGUUGGAGCGGAGCCGUACCUGAUCAAGAAGGAAAAAAAAAUAGAUUGCAUAGCGAUAG